GGGCGGAUGUGGCCAUGCAGCUGACUCGGUGCUAUACGGCGCGUCGCUGUAGGCAGCGUGCCCGCUUCCAAGAUGGCAGCGAGGGUGUCUGGCGCGCUCGGCCGGGCGGGGUGGAGGUUUCUGCAGCUGCGGUGCCUCCCCGUGUCCCGCUGCCGACCAGCCCUGGUGCCACGUGCCUUCCACGCUUCAGCUACACAGCUGAGGUCUUCAGAUCAGCAGGAGCAGCAACCUCCCCCCUCUUUUUCUCAGCAACAUUCUGAGACACAGGGCACAGAAGAACCCAGUCAGGAGUCUUCUCGUUCACCCCCCAGGUACACAGACCAGGGCGGUGAGGAGGAGGAGGACUACGAGAGUGAGGAGCAGCUGCAGCAGCGCAUCCUGACGGCGGCCCUGGAGUGUGUGCCCGCCCACGGGUGGACAGCAGAGGCAAUUGCAGAAGGAGCCAAGUCUCUGGGUCUCUCCAGUGCGGCUGCCAACAUGUUUGGGAAUGAUGGCAGUGAACUGAUACUGCAUUUUGUGACCCAGUGCAACUCUCGGCUCACCCGUGUGCUGGAAGAGGAGCAGAAGCUGGUACAGCUGGGCCAGGCAGAGAAGAGGAAAACAGACGAGUUCCUGAGGGAUGCUGUGGAAACCAGACUGAGAAUGCUGAUCCCGUACAUUGAGCACUGGCCUCGGGCGCUCAGCAUCCUUCUGCUCCCUCACAACAUCCCAGCCAGCCUGGGCCUGCUCACCAGCAUGGUGGAUGACAUGUGGCAUUACGCUGGGGACCAGUCCACUGACUUUAACUGGUACACCCGCCGAGCAGUGUUGGCUGGCAUCUACAACACGACAGAGCUGGUGAUGAUGCAGGACUCCUCCCCAGACUUUGAGGACACUUGGCACUUCCUGGAAAACCGAAUUAACGACGCAAUGAACGUGGGCCACACUGCCAAGCAGGUAAAGUCCACCGGAGAGGCACUGGUGCAAGGACUCAUGGGCGCAGCGGUGACACUCAAGAAUUUGACAGGUCUAAACCAGCGCCGGUGAGCAAGAAAGGGUGUAAGCUAGAGUGCCCAGAAGAAUACCCGAGGAUAUAUUUAAAGGGCUUUGAAACGUAUGAGGUGCCGUCCAUGAAACAGGGUGUUAACGAGAGAACACCGAAGGCCUCUACACACUACCACAGCCACCUGGAAACCACAGGGCACUGGAGGAUAGAUACAGUUGUAGCCCAGGGUUGGGCCACUUUUUCAGUUCCUAACACCGGGCCCGGCCUCCUGAUGCCUUUCUGCAUUGCAGCACUCAAUCAAGCAUUCAAGCCACAGAAACCCAGCACGCCCCUGUCCUCGUCUCUCAGGCACCUUGAUCAUGUCUUAACCUGCCUAGAAAUGCUCUCUCGGGCUCCCAGGUCAGAGUCAGGGUCUGAAGCCACCCCAGGUGGUAGCUCAUCCACAGCACAGCACAGGCCUGUGCACCCAGAGGGAACCAUGCUGCCCUUUCCUUCUCUGGUGUCCUGAGAUGCUGCACUGGAAACCCCCUCGCAAGCUGCCUCACCUGAGACAGGUGCGUGCUGGAUGGUACUGCCCAGCCUGGCCAGAGGUGUGAUUCCAGGCCCUGUGUUGAGUUACACCAGCAUGCGUUGCAGGACUAUUCAUGAACUUAGAGUCUGUAAAAAUUAUAAUAAAUAUGUUUGAAGCAA